AAAGGGUGAACACUUACUCAUAUUACCGACUAGACUGUUAUUAUGGCUUGGAAGUGAAAUACUAUAAAUACAGUUGUAAUUCCUUUUCUUUCGACUGGCUAAUUCUCUUCUUCCUAUUAAGAUCAAAUCUUAUAAAUCACACAAGAUGGCCCCAGCUGUUUACAAUAAAUAUCCAAGAGCCCUUUUCGGAGGAAGCAAGCUUGAAACCGAUGCUAAAGGUAACGUUGUCGUUGCUCCUGAAUCUCGUGCUAAGAUUAACAAGGACGUUGAAGAUUUCUUACCAACCUGGAACAAGGAAGAACACUAUGAACCAUACAAGUUUCAUGAAUACCAUGACCCAGCUCUUAGAGCUAACCCAAGUUUCCCAAACUUGUUGGCUAAUGCUGAAACCAAGAACAUUUCUCCAAAGUUAGGUACUGAAAUUAAGGGUGUUCAAUUAUCUCAAUUGAACGAUGCUGGUAGAGAUGAAUUAGCUUUGCUUGCUCAUCAAAGAGGUGUUCUUGUCUUCAGAGACCAAGAUUUUGUCUCCAAGGGUCCACAACACUUUGUUGAUUAUGUCAAGUACUUUGGUAACCCACACAUCCACCCAACUUCAGGUCGUCCAAAGGAUGUUGCCAACAUUCACGUUAUUUUAUCUGGUGACACCAAGGAAGAUCCAUUUUCUACUAAGACUAACUUGGUCGGUUUCCAUUCUGAUGUUUCUUAUGAAUUGCAACCAACUGCUCUUUCUUUCCUUACUGUUACCAACCUUCCAGCUGGUGGAGGUGGUGACACUGUUUUUGCUGACAGUGCUGAAGCCUACAACCGUUUAUCUCCAAAGUUCAAGGAUAUCUUGGAAAACUUGAAUGCUGUCCACAGUGCUGUUGAACAAGCCAACUUCUCCCUUGUUAAGGGUGGUGUUGUCAGAAGAGAUCCAGUUGAAAACGUUCACCCAAUUGUUAGAACCACUCCAUUAGGUAAGAAGGUCUUGUUUGUUAACAAGGGUUUCACCAGAAGAAUUGAAGGUUUAAAGGUUGAAGAAUCCGAAGCUCUUCUUAACUUCUUGUUUGACCACGUUGCCAAGGCCCAUGAUCUCCAAAUCAGAGCUAACUGGGAAAAGGACACCGUUGUCGUUUUCGACAACAGAGUCGUCAACCACUCUGCUAUUUUAGAUUUCGAUACCACCGAAUCUAGAUUGAUUGCUAGAUCUUCUGCUCAAGGUGAACGUCCAGUUCAUAAUCUUAAGGAUUUAAACAAACCUGAUGAAAACCAUCUUUUCGAAGGUCCUGAAUACUUAGGAAACAAAUUAAGUGAUUUGAAAUUGGCUUAAUUUUCUGUGGUUUGAUAUUACAGUUAGAGUUUAUAAGUAAAAUAUAUGUUUUGAAACUUUU